AUCUUUUUUUUUGGAAGUAAGGCAAACGAUACGCGGCCCUAGAUUCACUUUUGUUGCAAACUGACUAAAGACAACAGCUUAGUUGGAAAUACUUCAUUUAGACCCUUCACCACAAUGGAGUUGUAACAGGUUUAUUAUGUGAGCUGGAGACCUCAGCCUUAUUGACACUAUUAAAUUGGACAUUUUACCUCAUUUCAUUUGAUUUCGGACUUACAUUCUCCAAGCGGUUCAUGAUCCCUCACCAGAUGGCGGCAUAUAGAAGCAGAGGUGUUCUUCUUGGCGCGAUUUUCCUGGUCAUGACAUGGGGAACAGUCGACGCACAAAGACCCUGCACAGCAGCUUGUGUCUUCACCAGAGAAACUGGAAAGACAGACUGCGAGAGUCGACAACUGACAUGCAUACCCCAAAACUAUCCUGGGUCUGUGGUCUUCAUGCUGGGACAGAACUCGCUGCAGAUGGUGCCCAGGCAGAGUUUCGCCAGUUCCAGAAUGCUAAGGCAACUAGACAUGUCCAACAACGCCAUAUAUAGCAUAGAGGACAAUGCCUUCAACGGCCUUGGAGGAGUCUCGACGCUGAACUUGGCGAACAACCGCAUUACGCAGUUGACCGCGAACACGUUUCGUGGGUUGCGAGCAGUGCAAACGCUACAUCUUCAGGGUAAUGCCAUCAAUGCUGUGGCUGCUGGGACGUUUCGCGAUCUGACGAAUAUAAUGGAACUAAAUAUAGCCGGAAAUCGACUGUCGAUACUGCCCCAGGGUCUCUUUUCGCGAAUGCUGUCUCUGAGACGUCUUUACCUGCAGGAAAAUCAACUGACCACGGACCCCAAUAUGCCAUUCCUUGAUGGUUUGUCGAACCUGAUUGAGCUUGACUUAGAUGGAAACAGGUUUACCAAUAUUCCUAGCAUGCAUGGUCUGAUGCGGCUCACGGACCUUGAUAUUACUGACACGCAUAUCAAGUCGAUCAGAAACAAUUCCUUCUCAAGUCUUGGAAGCGUGAGGGACAUUAUCUUGAACAAUAACAUGAUAUCAGUCAUAGAACCAGGAGCUUUUAGAGGACUCGGUGUACUGUCAGAACUGGAUAUUUCAUUUAAUGUAAUAUCAGAUUUAGCCAUUGAUAUCUUCCAUCCGUUAUACAACGUUGAACGUCUUCAACUGCAGAAUAACCAAUUGAGAAGACUGACUACACAACAUUUUGCAUCCAUGACGAAACUGAUCAAUUUAAACCUUGAAGGCAACCAGAUAACAGCAUUUCCACCCAUGCCCAACCUUCGUAUGUUAAACACACUCAAUCUCCGUUCGAACCGACUGGAUACCUUCGCACCACAGACAAUGCAGUCCAUGCCAAUGCUGAAGCGAAUUUUACUGGUUGGGAACCCUAUUCAAUGCGACUGUCGGGUCCAGCGAUUACGUCAGUAUUUCCUCUCCCCUGCUCAUCCAACUCCGUACCACCCCAACGAAAUUCCUACAUGUAACGCAAUAGAGCCACGUCAGUUGCGUGGUACUCGUUUAACGGCCAUCCAGACUUCUGAUCUUCAGUGCCAUGCUCCAGUGUUGCGUCCAUUUACGCGAAUGAUCUCGACGCAGUAUGGCGGGAACGUGACCCUCGCUUGUGCCAGUUCGGGAUUCCCUGCUCCGAAAGUUACCUGGGUAGCGCCGAACGGUUUGCGGUUGAGAACGGCUGGUGCUCAGCGUCUGAACCGAAGGAUGAGGGUAACCGACGAUGGGAUGAUGUUGAUAGCUUACGCCACGCAGGCUGAUCAAGGUCAGUACUCCUGUAUCAUGGGUAAUCCUGCAGGACAGGUGCAAGGUGCUGUCCGUUUAGUGGUGCAACCUGCUCCUCAACUACCUCCUCAAACACCGGUCACCAACUCAACAAUCUCGAAGAUAAAUCCUCCCAGGAAACCCUCGACGCACAAUCCAAUGUCACCGCAUAUUACUACCAAUACCCAAGAGAUCCCAACAAAUGGAGACCCGUAUGUCUCCACAACUAUUCCAGACUCAACCAUAAAUGGACAAACUUGGCCUGGGGUUCACCACACUGGUGGCCGUCAACCACACCAAUAUCCAUACUUCAAUCACACCAGCACGCAGCUGAACCCAACGAUCAUUAUCGGCGGUGAUGUGGACAAGCCGUCCGAUGGGUCACCAGACUCCAGAACUCCGCAGUGUUCCCAUACAAUGGGUUCUGGGGACAUUGUCGCUGCCGUCUUGCUGACAUUCCUCUUUACAGUGUCAUUGAUAGCCAUCAUUUUCUUCUUGUGGUACAGGAGAUGGCUUCCUCGGGUUCUCCUGUCUGGAAGACGCAAGGCAAUUCUCACCUUAUCAGGAAGGCGGCGACUGUCGUCGAAACCACCUCGUCCUGCGCAGAUAUCCCAUGCUCGACGUCACCGUAGCUACGAGCGCGUGGAUGAAAGUCGCGGCGCGUCAAGCUACUUUAGUGACAGCGAAGACACACUCAGUACAGCUAGUAGCUACGAUAGUGCGAGGUACGUGAUAACAGAUAACAGUGCUGCCGAUCCGGACAGUAUCAGAAUACGUCAGAUAAGACUGGCCGCCGUAAGUGCGAAAGCUCCCCAGGUUCCUCGUUCGCCUCAUGCUCUAAAGGGGUCAUCCAAAGCCGAGGGUCACAAAGAUGAGGCGCCCCCUACGGUGGCUCGAUCACCAGCGUCGAAAAACUCUGCGGUGUCGAAGUCGACAGUAAAACUACCCGGACCUUUAGCAGCUUUGAAGAACAAGGCAGCGGGAAGGAAAACACAUAUUUAUCAAAACGCGGACAUGGUGGUGCAUGACCCGAACUAUUCGGCUUUAUGGCCGGGACCAAAACAGGACCAAUAUCAGUACCCUAGGAAGCACAGUGCUGAUAGCAGAAUUUACAUCGAUUUAAGCUGACCUUGUGGCUCGACUGAAAAGUCGUAAAUGGACUUCACAUAGUAUUUAUAAUGUCAGUGACUAUUGCGAUUCGUGCAUGAGAUUCGAGGCUAAAGCUUUGAUUUCUAGAUGCAAGAGCAUCUUAAGUGCAGUAAAAUAUGGUGAUGGUAUCAAUGUUUUGCAUAAAUUCUAAUAGUUCCAUAUGAAUAAGCAAUUUGUAAUUUGAACAUGCCUUCUCCUUAUUUUGUAAAUCACAUUCCAGUUCAUGAAAUGUUAACCAGAAAUCUUUACAGGACAAUUUCAGAAGUUUGGUUUUUAAUUACCUAAAUUUUUAUUUAGGAUGGAACAAAGAGGGAUUUUAUACUGAAUGGUGACAUACCUUUAGAAAUGCUAAUACACACAAAGGCUUUUAAGCCAGUGUUAUAACGCAGGCAUCUGUUUUCAAAUGUGUUCAAAUGCGACUUAUUUAUUUGUGCUUUUAAGAAAUUAAAAAUAAAUGUACUUUAAUGUUUGUUUGUAAAGCUUUAUGCUGUCCUAAAUCUACUAGGUGUGUAGACCUGGUAAAAUCAAACUAUGCAUAAUUUUAUUGUUUGUAAAAUAAUGAAUAUAUUUCACAGCGAUGAGUGCUGUAUCUGUAAAUGGCUUUUUGUACACUUGUGUAAAUAUAUAUAAAUAGCUCACCGGUUUCAUAUUUGGAAUCGGAUAAUAAAUUGUUCUUCAAACAAACCGAA